GAGUUUGAUCCACUCUCUUAAUGCUCAGAAUUUUGGGACACCGUUGGAACUUUCUGUUGCAGAAGUUUUACCGCUCCAACUGCUCCACCUCUUUUCUUUCCCUCUCUCUCUCUAUUCCUUUUUUGUAUCCUAUUUCCAACUUUGUGCUUUUACAGGUGCACUUCAUCUCGACCACCUCAUUUUCAUUCUUGUGUUAUAGUAUGUAUAUACUGUUCACUUUACGUUUUGACCGUCCUUGCUAAACCGAAACUUCUUUCCCUUUCCAGAAACUCUAGUGCUUUUACAUCCGAACCAUGUCUACACCGUCUCCAUCGUCUACUCCUAAAUUUCGAGCUUUUGAAUCAAUGGCAGGCCCCAUUACCAGGGAACAGACGGUCGAGGAACGCUACGGUAUUCCAGAGAACUUUUUGGAAAUCGAAGUGAAGAAUCCUCAAACUCACGGCUUCGGCCGUAAAAUGUAUACUGACUAUGAAAUCAUUUGUAAGACAAAUAUUCCCGCUUUCAAGUUGAAGCAGUCUUCCGUACGCAGACGUUACAGCGACUUUGAAUGGUUCCGAGAUGUUUUAGAACGGGAGUCUACCCGCGUCAAUAUCCCACCUCUUCCCGGCAAAGUCUUUACCAAUCGAUUUGCGGAUGAAGUGAUUGAACAGCGACGUGAAGGACUCGAACGGUUUUUACAAAUUGUGGCUGGACAUCCUUUAUUGCAAACAGGUAGCAAAGUGCUGGCGGCUUUUAUCCAAGAUCCCAACUUCUCGCGCGACAAUUACAACUACUGAAUUUAAUGUACAUUGCUGAAUGUUUUACAUCUUAUACUUUUUUUUUCCCGUUUUAUCGUAUUCUUGAUUCUUGUAUUCUUAGAGGGUCCGGAAAACUUGCUUUUUGUCUGCGAGUGACCUUGGGUUCUUAUGGCCAGCUGUAAAAAAUUGUAAUAAAAAAAAGGCAGUAAAGGAGGCUGUGGAUUGUCGAUGCUCCGAGGACAG